UCAUGCAUAUGGUGGUCUGAUGCAUAUGGUCAUCUUGAAUGAUGCAUGGUUAUAUUGAAAUUAGCCCAAAGUUAACAUAAUAUAUCUGCAUUGUAGCUGCAUGUCACAAAUGAAUUUGAUUGCUUCCAUUACCGAAGAGAACAAAAGAAGAAAAAGGAAAAGGAUCAUCUUGACAGCGAUGUAUGUUGAGUCAGUUUGUCUUGGCCUAGCUUAUCUUAGUACGCAAAGAGCACCGAAGAGUUUCCAUGCUUUAGUGACGAAGAGCUUCGAUAUGUUCAUAGGAAGUACUUGCUGAAAGAAAUGUACAAUGGGUCAGAAGUAACUUGCUAUGAUGAGUUGCGCUUAACCAAAAGGAAUUUUCAUGAUCUUUGCAUGAUGUUGCGUAUGAAGUGUGGUCUGAAAGAUAGCGUAUAUGUCACUAUAGAAGAAAAGGUUGCUAUGUUCUUGUUGGUGGUUGGACAUGGUAUUAAAAUGAGAGUGUUGCGUGGCACUUACAAACGUUCUUUAGAGACUAUCAGUAGGCACUUCUCGAAUGUGUUGACAACCAUUCUUUCCCUAACCAGGGAGUUUAUCAAGCUUCCCGAUCCUUCUAUUGAACCUCCGGAUGAUUACAAAUGGAAGUGGUUUGGAAAUGCCUUGGGAGCACUAGAUGGGUGUCAUGUUGAUGUUUCUGUCGUUGCGGCUGACGAAGGGAGGUAUAGGAACAGAAAGCAAGACAUCACCACUAACAUGCUAGGUGUUGUUGACUGGAACAUGAAGUUUCUUUAUGUUCUACCUGGCUGGGAGGGAUCUGCAUCUGACUCCAGAGUGUUGCGUGAUGCAAUGAGAAAUGAUCGUCAAGAUGCAUUUGUUAUACCUCAUGGUAUGAUUGUUUCUCUUGGCAUUUUGUUUCUUUUUGUGUUAAUGUUAGCUAAAUCUAAUUGCUGCACCAUAGGAAAAUACUACUUAGUGGAUGCUGGCUACACCAAUGGACCUGGAUUUCUGGCUCCAUUCAGAUCGACUAGAUACCACUUGAAAGAGUGGGUCUCAAGUCAACAACAACCCCAAACUGACAAAGAGUUGUAUAACUUGCGCCAUUCUCGGGCUAGAAAUGUUGUGGAGAGAACUUUUGGCCUAUGGAAGAAAAAAUGGGCUAUUCUACGAAUUCAAUCUUUCUUUGACAUAAAGGACCAGGUAACAAGUGUCCAUAUGGUGUUGAAUAACAUAUGGACUGUAUGACAUGCUAAUUUAAAUAUAAAUCAUUGCAGAUUCGAAUUAUUAAUGCUUGUUGUGUGUUACACAACUUUGCAAGGGAUAGGCAG